UGUAGUGCUGGUGCUGCCCUGCUGGCCGCACAGCUUUCUGGUCCAACAGAAGAGGAAACACCGGAACGUUUGGCCACGGCCUGUGUAAAGGCUCGGUCCCCUGCUGUAAUUACCAUAGGAACAAGGUGAAUUAACACCUCGUUGAAACCGAGGCGGCGGUGAAAACGGCAGCGGAGCCGCGGAGCUACAUCUGGCCGCAUAUCAGUGAGGUUAGCUGGGAUUGCGCUAACAGACGGAGCGGCGGAGGAGACACUCGGUUUAGGUGAUUUUAACUUCACAUAAGGCUCCAAACUACGUGAGGACUCGAAGAAACUCGUGUCGACAAACCAGGAGAGUGUGAGCAGCAUGCGGUUGGAGCCACGGGCGUUGUAGGAUGAAGAGCCCGGCGCACCGCACCAGGGACAUCGAGAGGCAAGCUGGCUACCUGAGGCCUGAACACUGCGCCCCUCCCCCGCCACGCACUGGCUCAGACACCAUGUGGUUCAUCCGCGAUGGCUGCGGUAUCGUGUGUGGCGUCAUCACCUGGUUUCUGGUCUUCUACGCCGAGUUUGUGGUGGUGUUUGUCAUGCUGCUGCCUGCCAAGAACGUGGUCUACAGCUUCUUCAACGGGGUGAUCUUCAACGGCCUCGCUUUCCUCGCCCUCGCCUCUCAUGCUAAGGCGAUGUGCACAGACCCGGGGGCCGUGCCUAAAGGGAACGCUACCAAAGAAUUCAUCGAAAGCCUGCAGCUCAAACCAGGACAGGUGGUGUACAAAUGUCCCAAGUGCUGCAGCAUCAAGCCUGACAGAGCUCACCACUGCAGUGUGUGUAAACGCUGCAUCAAAAAGAUGGACCACCACUGCCCCUGGGUGAACAACUGUGUCGGAGAGAACAACCAGAAAUACUUUGUGCUCUUCACGAUGUAUAUUGCACUAAUAUCCUUCCAUGCGCUAAUCUUGGUGGCCUUCCAUUUUGUUUUCUGCUUUGAAGAAGACUGGUCAAAGUGCAGCAACUUCUCUCCACCAGCGACUGUCAUCCUCCUCAUCCUCCUCUGCUUCGAGGGUCUCCUCUUCCUGAUCUUCACUGCAGUCAUGUUUGGGACCCAGGUCCACUCCAUCUGCACCGAUGAGACGGGCAUUGAACAGCUUAAGAAGGAGGAGAGACGAUGGGCCAAAAAGUCAAAGUGGAUGAACAUGAAGGUGGUGUUUGGUCAUCCAUUCUCUAUAGCCUGGCUGAGCCCCUUUUCAUCGCCCGACCACGGCAAGGCAGACUUGUACCAGUACAUUGUGUGAAUGCUGGAAGCAUAGCGGAGCUCUGCUGCUGUGAACUUCCUGUUCUCCCCUCCUAUUGGCCGGACCUGAAUGAGCAUGAAAGUCCACAUAGCCACUUCUACUUCUCCUUUCGUUUCUGGAUAUAACAUUUAUCAAUAUUUCAGGGUGUUUCCUUGUAAGCUACGUUGUCAAAAUGUUUAUUUUUUAAAAACCCUUCACCCUCUUUUUAUUUUUAUUGUUCCCCUCUGGGUGCUGACUGAGAUUAAUGAGGCGUAGCUGCACAGAAAACAAGAAAGAAAUCAAACUGGGCAGCAACAGCGUGACAAGAAGCACUUAAUAGGAGUUGCUGAAAUGACACCAAGAGACUGAGUUCUUUCUGCAGUAUGUCUGAUCAUUUCCUGCUUCCAAGACUAAAUAAUGUGAACUUGAAACUGAAGUCCAGAAUGUUUCUGCAGUCCGGGUGCUAAGAUGGACUCCCGGUUUUGUCUUCCUGUAAACAUUGUUGUGAUCCUGUCACUUCUUCAUUUGCUGUAUUCCUGUCAUUGCAAUAGUCUUAAUGCUGAGUGUGGUGGAUGAUUUGCCUUAGAACAGUGCGUUAGCGAACGGUGGCAUCUGCUAUUUUUAAAGACAUUUCUUUUAUUUUGCCUUACUAUGACAGUCAGGGUGAGACAGGAUCGCAUUGGUUAAAUACUAUUUUAAAUUAGUGUAUUUUGUUGUUCUUUGAUGCCAGAUAGGUGGAUUAGUUUAGGUCAUCAAACAAAUGUAUUUUCAGGGUAAAUUAAAUAAAAUUUUCUUUAGAUUUACACUCCUUUAAUCUGCAUUAAACCCCACCUAUCUGGCACCCGAAGAAAGUUGAAACCAGUCACUGAUAAAAGCAGUAUAAGUAUUUGUUUUGUUUGUCGUUCAGACUGGCUGUUCGCCAAGUUCCUGCUCAGACUGGAGCAGGGUCACUGUGAAGGUUAUUUAAAGGCUGUAGGACAGAGAGCAGCCUCAGUUAAAGUUAUAAUCCUUAAGAUUUCAGACUUGGUUAAUUUGGCAGCACCCACGGUUACCAGUGGUGACAGGAAGUGUGAUUUGUUAACAGUGCAGCCAAACAAACUCACAAUUAUGUCCGUAACAUUGACUGCUUAAAAAUAAUGGUUGACACAUUGACGUCACCCAUUGCUUUGUGGACUCCUGAUUGAAACCUAGAUUUUGUCCGUGGUUUUUUGGUGCAAAAUGUGACCAUAUUUAGACGAGAUAGUGGAGCUUUGGAGGAGUGAGGGGUGGAUCUGACCCCUCUCAGUCAGCCUGUCACUCAAAGUGGCCAGGCCCUCAAUUAUGUGUAACUUUAAGCCUUAAUGAUAUUUAAAGGGAGACCAAAACCUUUUAACAUGAUGGUCUAUAAGGAUUCAUUGGCUUCUGGUGCCAGCCUCAAGUGGCCAUUAGAGGAAGUGCAGUUUUUGACACUUCGCCUUAGCUUAAUUUUUCAGCCACAGAGGUUUCCAUUUGGUCCAUAUGCAACCGUGCUCUGAUUUAGUUCUUAGAAGCUGGCCACAUCAAGAAACAGUUUGUGGUACUAAUUCUCCAGUCAGGUGCCAGUUAAAUUAUUACAGAAGAAGAGUGUGCAAUGGCAUGAUGUAACAAGGAGGAACAGUUAAAACGAAUGGAAAUGUUGCUUUUAUGUUAGUUUCAUGUAUUGAAAUUUGAGGAAUGGUAGUUUCCACAUCAUUAUCAUGGGAGCAAGAGGAAGUGACAUGACGAAAUAUCAAAAGUGGCAGAGUCCGUGUAAUAUGUAUAAAAAUGGAAGACAUGGUGGAUGGGUCAAACAAGCACAGGACUUUCACCCAGGAGACUGGUGUACAUGGCCUGAAGUCAAUGUUUAGUUCUUUUAAUAACAAUGUAGCCCAGUAUGCCAGUUUGUGUGGCAUGCUACACUAGUAACAUAUGUGACGUCACAUUACGUUUGUAACAAAACUACUGAAUGUCAAACCAUGUUUUUGUAAACCUAACUACCUAGUUUUGUUGCCCAAAUGUGGCGAUCAUUUCAUUACAUUAAGGAUGUAUUUAAAACUGCGACCGGGAGGAAGGUCAUAUUUGUCAUUUUGGAAGUCAGUGGUCAGUCGUUAAGAUGUAAGAGAGUGUUGCACAUGCUUCAUAUAUAUCAUGAUUUAUUGCUAAGUUGCUGUUUUUUGUAUGCACUUUUUUUGACUUUUCCACCUCAGCCGAGCGCAAAAACUUUUUUAUGCUCAAGUAUUAAAAUGUGGAUGGAAACACACUUAAUGGGGCUAAUUUCAGUGAGAUAAAAUUAAAAACAGUAGCGCUGUGAGUCCCACAGGUGUGUGAAGGCAAUUUGACUUUGCACAAUAAUGGCGGACUCCGCCACCAUCUUAGAAAACCAUACUAUAGAGUGGUAAUAACUGACAUUAUUUACAUCGAAUGGCUGCUUGCUUAAAAAAAAAAAAAAAAAAAAAAAAGCCAAUCAAAAAGUGGGGGUUGAACUCAUGGAAGUCUUAAGGAUUAUAACUUAAAAACAUGAUACUUGGCAGGUAAACAAAGUCUUGUUUCUCAUCCAAGAGGCAGCAUGUCUUGUAGAUUAUCAGUCUGUUAGUUGUUCUCUUUGCUUUAUAACCGUUUUAAUCACAGUCACCAGCUCAGAUAGAAAGUCAGGGAAUCAAAGCAAUACACAUUGCUCUAUGAAUGCACUGACCCUAAGUGAUAUUCACUCGCUCUCAGUUGCUGGAGUUUGCUUGUGGGUAAUCCAGUUUGUGAUAGACUGUUGUUGUACGCCCGACCAGAGGAGGGAAAAGCCUUACAGGAUAAAAUAAUUGAAAUUAAGGGCAGUGGAAAACAUUCACAGAGGCCUCAGAGACCACGUUAGAAAUGCAAGUUUUAAUUGUCGCAGCUCUGGACAGUACUGGGCCACUCAGUGUGAGGAGGGUGAAGAUUUUACCUUUGGUGAUGCGAAUAUGUUGCAGAUAGGAUUUAGGCCACUUCAAAGCAUUUAACACUAAAAAUGCCUUUGCUCAAAUGUGUUCGAAAGCCUUACUAUAUUUAUAAAAAUGCUUUCUGAGGGUGAUGAACGGACAUAUUUGAACAUACAUGUUGCCAAAUUGAAUGCCUAAUAAAGAGAGUUGAAGAAGGAACCAUUAAACAGUCGAGCAUCAUCGAGAGCGACAUUUUCUUAGGCUGUUAAAAAAUCACUGGAGUUUUUAGAAAAAUGGGAAAACACUAUCAUCAUGUGGAGAUGCAACAGUUGCUCUCCAGUUUACACAUAAAGUACACCAGCUUUCUUUUUUUCUUGACUUGUUCGAUAUGUUCUUUGUGGUCAGGUAUGAAUACCAUUUGUAGUACUUACUGUGGACCACAUGAUGUUUUUCUCUUUCUUUUUGACUGUGGUAUUUCUUUUUAAAGGGGAAUGAAAUAAACAAUAUGUAUGUCACACAA